CAUGAGGACCAGGCAUGUGAACUUGCUGAUUGCGCUCGUCGCCGUCUUGCUCUUCAGUUUCUCCUGCUUCUGCAUCUCCAGGAUGACUCACACCAGUAAUCAAUUAACUAAUUGUAGAAACCGUAUUUCGGAGUUUAAGGAAACUAUACUACGUUUAAAAAACAAAAUGGAAGUAAAUCGCCAAGAGCUGAUUAAAGCCUUCAAUCAGAUGAAGUAUGAAAUUGCAGAGAGAGAAGAUGCAUCGCUAAACUCAGUUAAGAAGAAAGUGAAUGCAUUGAAUAAGAAUGAAACAGUGUCUAAUGCAUUUGAAGUCUUAAGGUUCUUUUUCCCCCAUCUAAGGAAAGUAGACAGAAUUUAUCCUGAUGUAAUCAUCGGCAAAGAGAAAACAGGUGUUUCUUUUGCUCUGGGUAUUUCCACUGUUAACAGAGGAAAUCACAGUUACCUGAAGCAAACGCUGACUUCUCUCAUCUCCAGGAUGACUCUUUCAGAAGAGAAGGACUCUGUCGUGAUUGUCUCUAUUGCAGAUAGUAACGAAGAUUAUUUAAAAUCUGUGGUUGACAUGAUUACAAAAAAAUUCAAAAGGCAACUGAUGUCUGGGUCCUUAGAAGUCAUUUCAAUACCUGCUUAUUUUUAUCCAAACAUAUCACAUGCCAAGCAAUCAACUGACGACUCAGAAAAAUUAGAGAGUUGGCGAAUCAAACAAGUAUUAGAUUUUUGUUUUUUGAUGCUGUAUGCCCAACCCAAAGCUAUGUAUUACUUACAGCUAGAAGAUGAUAUCUUAGCUAACAAGAUGUACCUUACAAAAAUCACAGAUUUUGUACAUAACAUCACUUCAAAUAAUUGGUUUUAUAUUGAGUUUUCUGUACUUGGAUUUAUAGGAAAUAUGAAGAAAUAAAGCAUAACAAUAGAAGAAACUCUGUAAACCUUGGAACCUUAAAUCACCAUGAUUUCUAAUGGCAUCUUUCAGAAAUUGUAAUAAUAAAAACACAUAGUUAUACAGAAGAGGAGAAAACAGUGAACAAACUAGUAAACUUGAAAGUAUUAAACUACCUCUUAUGUCAAGGAAAAUUAGAACAUUUGUUUAUGAUGCUUGUACUUUUACUAUUACAAUUUAUUAUAAAAAGUAAAGACAGGAAAGGUUUUAAAAAUUAAGAAAUGUAUUUUGUUGACUUAGUGAUGUUAUCAAAUUCUCUCAAUAAAUAGCUAAAAGUUCAGAAACUUGCUGUUGUCAUGGACAGGUUCUGUAUGAACUGGUAUAUGCUCUUAUCCAUUUUGUUAAGACAUCUAAAAUAGAAAGCACAAGUUUAAGCAGCUCUGGGGGUGGCAGUGCCACAGUAUCUUCUUGUCUUUUUAAUAUAUGCAUUUAAAACUCUAAACUUACUGGUAAGUGACAUUUGAGCUGAUUACCAAACCUCUUGAUGUGUAUGUAUUCUGAUAGUCAUUCAGUUCUAAAGAUUUCAUAUUUGCUCUUAGUAUUGCCUUCUUAACUCUUGGGUUAUUUGGGAGUGUGUAUUUUUUUGAUAUAUUGGUUUUGCCGUCUUUUAUUGUUGAUUUAUAAUUUAAUUACAUUGUUGUUAGAGAACUUCGUGUGAUGAAAUUUAAGAAUUGUUAUGAAUUCUUAUGUUUCAUAUGAAUUUGAGAAGAAUGUAUAGUCUUUGUACGUUCCCUUUAAAAUAUGAGUCAUUCACUUGCUUUUUUUUAAUUGAAGUAUAUCGUUGAUUUACUUUUUUUCAUUGGGUGCAGGGUUCUCUUAUAUCAGCCUUUUUAUUUGUUAAACUCUUUUAAAUCUUUACUAAUUCGUCAGUUUCUUAUAGGAAUCUAUUAAAAUCUACAAUUCUUCCUCUUGUUAUUCUAUUGAGUUUUACUUUAUUUUGAGAAAUAAUAAGAGAUAUUCUUUCUUUCUUAUCUUUCAUAAAAUAUGAAAAUAUUAAUUCAUACUGCUGUAUUACCCUUGACUGUCAAACUUUGCCCAUUUACCUCAAUAUGAACUGUAUCAUAUACCAACGUAUAAAGAGAAUAUGAUAGAUGAACUGUUCAUAUGUGUCCAUGUCACUUUUUCCUUUUAGAGAAAGAAGCUCUAUGUCAACUAUAUCUCAAUAAAGCUGGGGAGAAAAAUAAGAAAAAAAAGACACAUGUAUGUUACAAAAAUGUUUAACUUGACUUCAGUUUUGAGCUUUUAAAAUUAUAUCUGCUAGAUCAUAUUCCAGGCUAAUAUGAAAAAUUAAAACUAAUUCCAGGUAGAGCAUUCCUCAAAAAGAAGGCAAGAUUCCUUGAAAAGGUACUUACUAGGACUUCUUAGCCCACCAUCCAAGACUGGAACAAAAUACCUGAAGGGUUGGAACCGUAAACUGGAAUGAUGCUAGAGGAGGCUGUCCAACAUAUGACUGACAGUUGUUGAGAAGCUCAGCUGAUUCCAGAAGAUUCCAAGGGAACCCUGCGGUGGCACUCAGAAAGAGGCAUUUGAACACUGACUGAAAUACCCUGGAAGUGGCAGAUGCUAGAAGCAUAAAGAGAAGGAAGUUGAAACACAGCCUUAACAAUUCAACCCGAUGACUGCUGUCCUUAAUAAAAUGAUCGUAGAACAAGAGAGUUUCAGGGGUCAGUACAAAGCAUUUCUAGAAAAUGUUUCUAAUGUAGCCAGGAGAAAUGCCCCCAGUUUCCACUCCCAUCUCCACUGCUCCCAAAUGGUAGAUGUUUGGAGCGUCUCAUUCACCACCCACGGCCUCCGGUCUGAGGUGUAUGAGGAAGAGGAGAUUUGGAGAACCCCAGACACCUAUCUGAGGUUUGGCAGAGCAAAUAGGGCUCAUUGGUUGGUUUGGGCAUUUAUUUUAUAGAAUUCAUACUGAUUUUGCUUUUUAAAAAUCACUUUUCUUCAAACAUAUAUAUGAAGACAAAUGAUGUAUUUAAGUGCCUGACACAAUAUAUCAGAUAAGUUUGUAGAAAACACAUGCAGACCAGACUUUUUCUUAAACAUUACUUUUAAAGCGAAUAGCUCUGUAAACACUGAAGGUGAAAUUCUCUGUUGCCAAAAUGUCUCUCAAGUAUUGAAAUUAGCCACCAUCAUCCGUACCAUUUACUGUUGAAGUAAGUGGUAAGACGGUAAUACUACUAAUAGUAGUAGUAACAGUAAAUGUGGCUAUACUCCUGGUAGAAGGGAAAGAGAGAACCUCUUCUAACAUAGGUGUGUAAAAGUAUCUGGGGAUUUGUUGCGUACCAUAUGGAUCUUCCACCCUGUGGCAGAAUUGCAACAAGUAUGAACAAAUAAUGGGAGCUAAAUCUGGGCAGGCAUUUUCCCAUGGAGACCAUCAUCUUACUUUUUUUCUUUACCUACCUUAGCAUGUAUUUUUAGAUGCUGUGUUGAUAUUACCAGCCACCGAUUGGCAAUGAAUCAUGAGCUGAAAGAUUUGUUUUACUGAUAUUAAUUGUCUUUUUAAAACCUUAGAUAAAAUGAGUGAUUUCUUAGGAAAAUACAGUUUACCAAAAUUGAUGCAAGUAAAGACAAAGCUUAAACCAUGAAACCAAGAAUGCCUGUAGCAUGGAGCCAGUAGUAUUGAAUACUUCUUUGAUGAAGAUUUCUUUAAUUUAGGAAGAAUGACUGGAAACAUAGUCCGUCACAGCAUUUUGUCCAUUCUAUUAUGUAACAUAUUAUUGGAUAUUUGAUUUGAUGACAAAUUAAAAUUAUAAGAGAGUAAUCAUGGUUCAGGCAUACAAAAAUGGAGUUGGGCGGCCAUUGAGGACCUGGUCUCAGACAAGUCCCUGCACCACUGAGAACCUGAACUUUCUUUGAGCUGUACCAGAUCCAAGAACACCACCAGCUGUACUCAAAACGACACCUGCCAGCUGCAACCUUAUGGUCUCAAGUUCUCCCUUUGUCACUAUGCAACCAUUUGGGAUCCCAACCAAUCCUUACUUAACAAGCACCCUCACUUCUUGCCAGCUCCAAUUAGAAUUCUUGAUAACAACUCAUGUAACUAACUAUAACCUUUUGGUCUUUGCCUUUAUAAGCCUCCC